AUGGAUCACGACGAAGCGGUGGCUGUCCGUGCUACCACUUUGGAAACUUACGAAAAUAGUGGAGGAAGCGACACGGAACAGGAGGAGCCUGUGGCUCCAUGGUCCGAGGAGGGCGAGCAGAAGGCGCCGAAGUUGACCUUCUCCGGUCCUCACGGCGAUAGCGAGGACGAGCGUGGCCCAAUGGAGGGCUGGUCGUCGUCGCACAGCAGCCCUGCCCGAACCAACGCCACGCCAAAGAAUAUCAACCGAACACAGGCAGAUGCCAUGCUCCAAGCGCAGUUCGAAAUUGUUCGAGACAAGCAGGUGGUGGAGGUGGCCUACGAAAAGAAGGCUUGGUUUGUAGUGAACCCACAGCGAAGCAACAAGUUUGCUGCGUGGCAGGUGCUGACCAUGCUAGCGUUGGGCUGGGUGGUGACGGUGGUGCCCUUUCAGGUAGGUCUCAUGGAACCCAACUGGGGGACACUGCUCCUCGGGCCGAAGGAUGGGGUGAACAGGGGGGAUGCCAAACUUGGAGAUGUCCGAUUUUUGUUGUGA